AUGAAAUCUGUGCCUGUUCCGGACUACUGGUAUCCUCAGCCACGAGAUAAGAGUGGUAAAGAAGUGGCCGUACAUCUUGUAACUCUUAAUCCUAACAAUCCAAGCCAACAAAAGAAGCACAAAAAUAUCUCCGAUCAUUUUUAUCAAACAGCAGGAAAUCAACGAAUUCAACAUAUCCAGCGAGUUCAGAACCCAUCGUUGUUCAAGCACUACCUCAUGAAAAAACAAAGUUUGGAUGAGAAAAUUGGCAGUAAUAAGAAAUUCUUGUUCCAUGGAACGAGAGGUGACAAAGUAAGCGAAAUUAACAAGACAGGUCCUAAUAGGAGUUACGCUGGAAAUGCUUAUGGGGCAGUUUAUGGUAGAGGUGUUUACUUCGCAAGAGACGCUUUGAUGUCUGUCAGUUAUGCUCAAACAUUGGCUUCGACGGGACAAAGAUACAUGUACUACACACGAGUAGCAGUUGGCCAGUACGCCGUGGGUAACCAAAGUAUGGUGGUACCACCACGGAAAGGAGGCAAUGAUUCUUACGAUUCUGUCGUCAACAACGUAGCAAAUCCAACAAUCUUCGUUUUGUUUUAUGACAAUCAGUAUUAUCCAGAAUAUUUGAUCACUUUUGUUUAA